CAAUUCAUGUUUUGGGAAUGACAAAACUUGUGAGCAUUGCUUAUCUAUACAUACUUUAAUGGAAAAGAAGCCUAAGUUUUGGUUGAAUUUAGCCCAAAUAAUAAGGGCACAAAGACCUACCCUCCAUCAACCUUGCAUCCCCUAAAUAUAAGCCUUUCCAAAUUUAAACAUAAAUGGCCAUGGCCGCCUGCCACCUUUCUUUAUAAAACUAACCAUUUCCCCUCCUCCUCCUCCUCUAAGUUAACUUCUUCUUUCCCUUCCGUCCGGGAGCGCCCUCCGACCACCUUCUCGCUUCCUCGCUCGUUCCCAGACCUUAUAUGGACCUAAAAUCCCAACCCAUCUCCAACUCCGGCCAGACCAAGAAGAAAAGUAAUCGAGCCAUGCAAAUUUUCAAGCUUUCCCUCUUCAUGCUCCAUCGUCGAUCCAAGAAAUCAAAGGCGUCGGUCGACAUGGGUUCCGAUAAAGGCUUGUGGCAGCGGCUAUUGGCCUCCAUUCGCCCUCUCCACAUCCAAGACAACGAAUCGCCUCCAACCAUAGUCCACACAUCGUUGGCUCCAAAACCGAAGGAAGUUUACGAGGAGUCACCAAUACCAUUGUCAUCAUCGCCCUCCUCGUCGUUUUCAUCGUCGACAUUGUUUUCUUGUACAUCGAUGUCGUCUUCUUUUUGCACAAGACAACAUGCCUCUGAACCUAAUCUUCAAGAACUCGACAACGAUAGCGAAAGCGACAAUGAUGAAAAUACCAUCGACGGAGGCGACGAAAUGAUCGAUGCAAAGGCGGAUGAGUUCAUAGCGCAAUUCUACGAUCAAAUGAGACGUCAACAAAAUGGGUUUGCAUGAGAGAUGGAGUGUGCAUGGAUCUUCGAUUAUUUAAUAUUUUUGUUAUUUAUUUAGAAGAAUUAAUUAAAAAUUCCU